AUGAGCUCCUCAAGGAUCAUGGACGUGAAGGUGCGAGAGGCUGAAGGAGAUGGAGAAGACAAUUCAGGAAAGAAAAAAUCCAAGUUCAAAUCUUUCAAGAAGUUUUUUGUUAAAAAGAAAAGGAAAGACACAUCUUCUGGGAGCAGCAGCCUGAAGCUGGUCCAGUCAAUGAGCAAUGUCACAGACUCACAUCACAUGCACCUUCAUGAUGAUUCUGAAGAUGAACUCAAGGCACACAAAGGCACUCUGGGAAGCAGAGCUUUAUCACACGAUAGCAUUUUCAUCCCUGAGACUGGGCAAGAGCCUGCAAGGCCAGUCAGGGUGUUUUCUCAAGAAAACGUUUCUGAUCGGAUUCGAGCUUUACAGCUGAAACUCCAGCCUACCAUGAAAUUGGGACCUCCACCUCCACUUGUACUUCAUGCAAAGAGAACAGAGGAUGCUGGGACCAGUUCUGAAGAUGAUGGAUUGCCCAGGAGUCCUCCAGAAAUGUUUUUCUUUCAUGAAAACCUAAAUUCAGGCACAAAACCAAGAUUCUCUGACUCUCACAAGCACCUUAGCUCUUUGAGUUUAGCUGGAACAGGCAGUGAAGAAGAAGAACAGGUUACAUUGGAUCAUUCUUCUAGAUCUCACUCCACAGAUGUUCAGCUGUUCCCUAGGCAUGGAAGUGCUAAAACUGGAAUUCCCCAGAUGUCUGACAGUACCAUCUCACCUUCAGCUGAUUUUGACACCCCACCUGAGCUUUCAUCUUGCUUAGAUAAUUCUGCUGCUAAACACAAGCUUUUAAUCAAACCCCGGAACCAGAGAUCCAGUAAAAUGAGAAGAUUUUCUCAGAGGACCCAGUCUGAAUCCCUGACAGAUUUGAGCUUUACCCUAGAAGAAGAGGAUGAUGAAAAGGAGAUGCAGACAGACCUACCAGAUGCUGUGUUCAGACCCAGCGACCAAGAGCUGCCAUGCAGCACAGCUGCAGUGCAGGAUGUGUCUUCCUGGAUGAAGCCCAGAACGCCUGAGGACCUUCCCCCAGCUUUGAGACCAGUGAUGACUCAGCCUACUUUUGAGUCUGCUGUUGAACAGGAAGCCCUGCUCCCAGAGAAUGCACCAGAGGGCUGCCAACCAACUCUGGAAAUGAUGCAUGUGAAGUCUGAGUCCUCAUCGCUGUUAGAAGGCAAAGCCCCCCCAGCUUCUUCCUACUCCACUCCAGACAGAGAAGUACAAUGGGAGGAAGAUUCCUCAGAAACACCAGUUCUGUUGUCUGAAGUUGUGAGUGGUGUGUCAGUCAAUGUUUUAAAUCAAGAAAAUAAGGAGCUUCCUCCUGUGUUUUCAGUUAGUAAAAUCCCAUCAGAAGAAGACAUUUCAAUUAGCAAGAGUAGUAUUGUUUGUUUGGAAGGGUCAGAAGAACAUAUACAGAAGGAUGAACAGAUACCUGUGGCAAUGCCCUGUAAUAAGGAGACAAAGAAAGAGUUUGCUCUAUUGUCAGAAUCCAGCAAGCAAUUUUCCAUAGGUUCUUCCCAGCCCAUGGACUCGUUCCAAGUUUCACAUCCUGCUUCCUCAAAGCUGAUGGGAUCAGCUACUUCCUGCUCUCUAGAGAAAACAAAGACUGCACAAGAAACAGCUGCUUCUGCUAAGGAGAACAUUCAGUCACCACUCCACAGGGAGGAAAUUUUGGGGAAGAAAGCUGAAAAAGCAGCCAAUGAACUCAAUGCCUUGAGAAAGUUUUCUGUUUCCUCAGCAAGGGAGAGACCGAGGACCAGGAGCCUCCACUUCCCAGAAAGAUCAGAGUGGGAAAGCCCGUUAAAUACCGGAUUCUCCCUGUCCAAAGCAAAGGCCUCCUCCAGAAGUGAGAAGUGGAAAGAAGAAGUGCAGAAGGGAGCAGAUCCGGAGGAGGAAAAGGGUGGCAGCAAAAAUCAGGCUUUGCUGCCAGAGUGUGACCCUGAGGGCACAGGCCAACCCCCAGACGUGUGGGCUGCCUGCGUUUCUCCGGCCGGGGACGCGGUGCCGGUGCCAAGUGGUUCUUUGGUGGUAGCUCAGGAUCAGCCAAGCUGUGAAGACAGAAGUCCUUUUCCAGUGAAACUUAGAUCCACUUCGCUGUCCUUGAAAUACAAAGACACCUCCUCACUGGAAUCAAAAGGAAUGAAAAGAUACAGUGCAGAGUUUAAUCUAGAAAAUGAGGGACCUUCUUCCGCUCUCAGAAGUGAUAAGGCACAGAUCAGGAGAGCAGGUGACACAGAUAGUGGUGAUUCUUUGAAUGAAAAGAUCAAACCCAAAGCAAAGUCCUCAGAACAGCUUAGCAGCAAACCUCCAUUGCCUAAAAAGCCAGCCUUCCAAAACAUCACCCUUCCAAAUACUACUGCAAACAAGGAGAAGCAGGACAAAGACAUUCACCCUUCUCAAUCCAGAAAUGAAGACAGAGACUUGGAGAGAAAGUCAAAUCCUUGUAAAGUGCCUGAGAGAAGCCUGCCUUCCCCCGUGGCUGCUGGAGAUGCUGGAAGAGGUCCUGAGAGUCCUGCAGAGCCAGCCUGGAUUUCCAUAGCAAGACAGAAGCAGAGGGGCGUGCAGCAGGAGCAGGAACUCGACAGAGAAAAACGUGUGGCUCUGGAUGUUGGGUCAGAGGCAGAGAAACAGAAUAAAGAGAAGGAACAAACAGAGGGGUCAGUGAAGCAGCAAUGGAGCAAACCUUCACACAUGGCACCUAAACCCUCUUCUGAAGAACAGAAGAAAGAGACAAAGUCUGAAGUGAAGGAGCCACUGUUGAGAACCCACUCACUGUCACAUGUCCCUGUAGCUCCAUCACCAACACUAGUGGAUAAAGAAGUCAUAAGCCACUUCAAGAAAGCCAGUAACACUGCUUUGGACCAGCCAUCAUGGAUGGAACUGGCCAAAAAGAAAUCUCAAGCAUGGAGUGAUAUGCCACAGAUCAUAAAAUAG